CAGCUCCCGCGCCGCUGCCCCCCAGUGGUGCUGGUCGCGGCGGCGAGACUCCGCCGCCGGCUGGGUGCCGCUCGCGGGCUGCGCUGCAGGUGGCGGCGAGAGAAGCAGGAAGCGGGCCGGGCCCGGGGAGCAGGAUGGCGGCCGGGGACUCGGAGAACAUCCGCUACUGUGCGCGCUUCUCCUACCUCUGCCUCAAGUUCACCCUCGUCACCUACUCCACGCUCUUCUGGUUGAUAGGAGCACUUGUUCUUGCUGUUGGAAUUUAUGCAGAAGUUGAAAGACAGAAGUAUAAAACGCUUGAAAGUGCUUUUCUAGCCCCAGCAAUUAUUUUAAUACUCUUGGGCAUUGUAAUAUUUCUUGUAUCAUUUGUGGGUGUAUUGGCUUCUUUAAGGGACAAUAUAUGCCUUCUUCAAGCAUUUAUGUACAUCCUUGGUAUUUGUCUCUUCAUUGAACUGGUCGGUGGAGUUGUGGCACUGAUCUUCAGAAAUCAGACAAUUGACUUUUUAAAUGAUAAUAUCCGAAGAGGAAUUAAGAAUUAUUAUGAUGAUCUGGACUUCAAAAACAUAAUGGAUUUUGUUCAAAAGCAGUUUAAGUGUUGUGGUGGGGAAGAUUUUAAAGACUGGUCAAAGAAUCCGUACCAUGAGUGUUCUGCACCAGGGCCAUUAGCCUGUGGAGUGCCCUAUACUUGUUGUAUUAGUAAUAAGACAGACAUUAUGAACACUAUGUGUGGAUAUAAAACGAUUGACAGAGAGCGCCUGAGUGUACAAGACAUUAUAUAUAUCCGAGGAUGCACAAAUGCAGUACUCAUUUGGUUCUUAGACCACUACAGCAUCAUGGCUGGUGUCAUGCUUGGCAUAUUGUUACCCCAGUUCCUUGGAGUGUUGUUAUCUUUACUUUACAUAACUCGCGUAGAGGAUAUCAUUGCUGAAUACAAACGUAAUGAGGGUCUUUUACAAGAAACGCAGCAGAAAUCAGAAACUGAAUUUGUAAGCACAGGUUGCUGUAUGUGUUAUCCUGAGUAAUGUAGCUGCCGUGAAAGAGCUCAAGUGCUGUUUAAAAAAAACAAAUCUUGUGUUGUGGCUUGUAUAUAUUUCUGCAGCUCUUAAAGAUCUUAAGCUAAUUAAUCUGUAAACCUUU